CCUGGUUCCUAUCCCUCUCCGCGGGAGAGCGCUGGCCUGCCCAGCAGCCGGAGGUCGGGGGCAGACAGAUGGGACUGAGCAACCAGACUCUUCGGGUCGCAGCCUGUGUAGGCAUUGGGUUUGAUGCGCUGGCGUGAGUUACGUGCUGCCAGUCAGGGAGCGUGGAACGCUUUGGGAACUGCAACAGGGGUGUCCAGAGUUCGGAACAAGACCAGUCCCAGGCUUGGCAAGCCGGCUGCUGGCAUGUUCCAUCCUGCUAAUGCAUGCUGUAGGGGCUGCCGCUCCAUCCAGGCUCUGUGUGGUAUGCUGCAGUACGGGGGCAGAGGAACAGCACAUGGAACAAACGCUUGCGUGUGAUCCUCACUACUGGCCUCUCUUGGGGUAUGAUGGAUUAGCUUAAACCUGCCCAUAUCAUCCCACAGGAGAGUGCUGGAGAAGGCGACAGCCGGUACUGUCAUCCCUGGAGAUGGGCAGCAUCAGCCUCUGCUAGGUGCAGCUGCCCCUCAGCCGGAAGAAGGGAGCUCCACUUGGGUGCUGGCUGUGUGUGAGUGCAGCAGGGAGCGGCUGGGACAUCAGGAUCUCUGCAGAGAGGGCUGAAUUAGGACUUGUUGCUCGCAGGGCUGGUGUCCAAAGGGAUUGUCUGUGUUCUGCUCCCUGACUGGAGCCUAGCAGGUGCGCCGGGACUCUGCACUCUCUCACUGUGUGUGUGGCACAGGAGGGACUAGGCGGUGCCUGCGAUGGGGCGUUUGUGAGGAUUCAGGCUCCUGCCAUGCACCCAACAGGGACCCCGGAUGGUGGCUUUUCUCGGUGUGCUGUGCAGACGCUUUCCCGCAGCCACUGCCGGAACAUCAAACAGAAGAUCUCCCAGUGGGAGGGGAAGACUAGAGGGGGCUGCAGCGAGGACAGACAGCAGCCGAAGGACUUUGGGGUACAGUAUGACCAUGGCUGUGAGGCUCUGCCGAAGGCCAAGCCACGGGGCUGUGGGAAUGACGGAAAGGCAGGGCUAGCAAACUCAAAGAGCUUGGGCCUGGACUUCAGGGAAAAGGGCAGGAACCAUUCUCAGAGCGAGGGUGACAGUGAGAGAGAUGGUGAUUGCAGUACCUCAGAGAUCCUCAGGCCCAAAGUGCGCACAUGCUGCCCGAUUUCCCGGGUUGAGGAGAAUGGAGACUGGCAGGGGGGCCUCCUGGACCCAGAGCAGACGCUGCCACCAGGGAACUUCUACACCUCACGAGGGCUGUGGAAGAACAUAGAAGCUGUUCCUCCUGACAAGGUCCUAGCGAUGGCAUUGGAGCUGAAAAGGAAAAGAGAGAGCUGUGGCUCGACAGAGCGAGAACUACAUGCUGGGGGAGUGGAGCCCCUCAAUGUGAUGGAGAGGAGCUUCAAAAACAUUUAUUCGGAGGCCGAGGGACAGGAGACGAGGCCUGCUGCCAUCCCUCCCCCAAAGCCCCGCAGGACUUUCCGCUAUCUGUCAGAAAGGGACCAAACCAGCUGUGGUAGAGAAAAGCUACUGGAAGGCCAGUGUAAGGAUUCCCCAGUAGGCUCCUCCCACGAGCCCGAGCAGAGAGAGGCAAACAGGAAAAUCAGAGGGAGAUCCCAGAGGAAAUCCUUUGAGUUUGAAGACAUCCAGGGCUUCCGCAGUCGGAUGGCAGCCACCAGCUCCCAGAAGCUCCAUGAGGAGCUGAAUAGCAGCUCGGGAUCUAGACUCUUCUACACACAGUCAGAGGACAACAUCUACGAGGACAUUAUCUAUCCUGCUAAGGAGAAUCUGUAUGAAGAUAUCAAAGUGUUGCCUUUACCAUUGUGGAGGGUCCCGUCAGCCUGGAAGUUACCACCCCCAAAGAAUGCCUUCAAGCCUCCCAAGCUCCCUCCCAAGCCUACCUUCCUCCAUCGCAAGACGCUGGAGCUGAAAGCUGCCCGUGCAUGCCUACAUGGGAAGGACACGACCCUGCCCGUUACACUGACAGAGUGGAAGCUGUUCCGAGCAGGGGAGGCUGCUGGUAGGAAAAGGAAGAACCUUCCCCAGCUUGUGUUAAAAAUACAGGAGAUCUUUGAGUCUAAACGUGGGAAGAAGAGGGUGAAGUUACUCGCUUAUACAGGGAAAGAAGCUCCACCAGCAAAAGGUGAAACCAGCGGGAAUGAAAGUGAGACGGAGAAUCUGCCGAAAAGUCAUCACAAACGCCUGCUGCAAGUACAGUUGACCUCCAAGAGGAACCCGCACUAUCAGACCCUGGAGCGGGAUCUGAUUGAAUUCCAGGAGCAGCAGCUGUUUGAGCUUUUUGUGGUGGUGUCCCUGCAGAAGAAGCAGUCGGAGACGGCGUAUACCCCACAGGUCAUACAGCAGUUCCCCAGCAAGCCCGAGCAUCCCUUCAGGCAGUCAAAGGAUACCGAGGAGAGGCUAAAGGUCAUCCCCAAGUUCUGCUUUCCAGAUCCCAAAGCCUGGCUUCCAACAUCAGAGCUCAAAAGUGAAACCUUUUCCUUCGUGCUGACAGGCGAGGAUGGCAGCCGCUGGUUCGGUUACUGCAAGAAGCUCUUGCCAGAAGGGAAAGGGAAGCGGCUCCCAGAGGUGUACUGCAUGGUGAGCCGCCUCGGCUGUUUCAACCUCUUCUCCAAGAUUCUGGAUGAGGUAGAGAAGAGGCGAGAGAUGUCCCCAGCCUUGGUGUACCCAUUCAUGCGCAGUGUCAUGGAGGCCCCUUUCCCUGCUCCCGGACGCACAAUCACUGUGAAGAGCUUCCUGCCAGGAGCAGGAAAUGAGGUAAUUGAACUCUGCCGUCCAUUGGACUCCCGGCUGGAACACGUGGAUUUCGAGCGCUUGUUUAAGUGCCUUAGCAUCUACCACCUGAUCCAGGUGUGUGCCUCUCUCCUGCUGGAAAGGAGGGUGAUCUUUGUUGCGGACAAUCUGAGCACCUUGUCUAAAUGUGGCCAUGCUGUGGUAGCAACACUUUACCCCUUCACCUGGCAACACACCUACAUUCCUGUUCUACCAGCAUCCAUGAUUGAUAUUGUCUGCUCUCCAACCCCAUUCCUUAUUGGCAUUCUUUCUUGCUCCUUACCGCAGCUGCAGGACCUGCCCAUAGAAGAGGUACUGAUUGUUGAUCUUUGUGCUGACAGCUUUCUGCAACAGGUAUCAGACGAGGAUGAGAUCCUACCUCAUAAACUCCAGGCCGCGCUUGUACAGGUUUUGGAGGAACGAAAUGAAAUUUUGUCCCAGGAGCAGAUUUAUGCACAAGGUGAUGUAACUCUGAACUCCCUGGUCUCUGAGGCCUUUGUACAGUUCUUUGUGGAGAUUGUAGGACAUUACUCCUUGCACAUGAAUGUCACAGAGAAAGGAGAGCGGGUGUUCCAGCGAGAGCCAUUUCGAAAGUCCCACACGUCCCGCAAUGUGCGCCAUUUCCUGGACCUGUUCAUGGAAACACAGAUGUUUGCAGGAUUCAUACAGGAUCGGGAACUCCGUAAGAGUGGGGUCAAAGGCCUGUUUGAGGUCCGUGCCUUGGAGUAUUUGGAGACCAUUCCGGAGACUGAACCAAGCGGGAUGAACAAAAUUCUUCGCAGUCUGGGAAGUAAAAUGAAAUUUCUUCAAAGGAAGUGAAAACACGGGUGCUGAAACACUGAUGAAGAGGGAUGUAGUCAUCACUGGGACACAAAGGAGUUUUGCAUACAAAUGCUGCCGCCUUGUCCAAAUUGUGUGUCAGAUGUACUUACUGAGAUGCAGCUCAGUCCAUGGAAAGCUCAACUACGGGGAGAAAAUAGAAACAAAAAGAGUACAAUCCAUCAACUUCCUAUGCCUGGUUUCACUGGAGUGUUGUGGAGGCAACUGGAAAUGGAUGCAGCUGGAGAACUUGAUGCUGGAUACGCUAAUCACCUCAUCCCCACUGAUGGGGAAUUUUAAAGGGGAGCUUUUUCUCUUUGUGAAGCUUCAGACUCCAUAUUUUUGCUGCUUGGCCUGCUGAGCCAUUCUUUAGGAAAAGUUUUUUGUUUGGUUAAAACCAAUUCUGCAUUUAAGGACUGAAUGUAAUCAUGAGACAGGGCUGUUGGUCAUGCUGGGUCCAGGGAAUGGGCUGUGCAAAUACUGGCGCACACAGCGGGUUCACAGGGCUGCCUCAGGAGCUGGAAAGAUUGCUCUGGCUGCUGUUCAGUUCCCUUUUGCCGUCUUUCCUUCGAGCGCACUGCCCUAUGCAUGGUGUAUGGUUUUGAUCGCACCUAGCCAUAUUCUUUGUUGGUUGGUCUGAACUCAGAAAUAGCUUCUCAUUCAAUGUCAUUUGUACUUCCUAGCUGUUUAUCACAAAGCUUUACAUUUUUGAAAACCAAGUGAAAAUGUCAGCUUAUUUUCUGCUGAUUUGUCCUAUAUUCUGAUUUCAUACUGCCCAGUGCUCCUCACCCUGCACACAGACACAUGGAAUAUGCUUGUCCUUUACCUUAUUACAUAUACUUAACUGCUAUAAGUUUGGUCUGGGUGACUUCCACAAAACGGAACUGCAAUUUUUUGUGAUAAAAUGGCAUCUCUGCAUAGGGAGUCCUAUUAGUUCUUUAAAUGUUGGCAUUAAAAUCAACUGUCUAAUGUUGAAUUGGUGCAGAUGACAGGAAAGUAGCUCAAGGAUGCAGAUGCUGAGCCAGAUCUUUUAAAAAAGGAUUUUAAAAACCACUCCUUUCUUCCUCUAACCUUUCUCUCUAGCUGCUUUGUUCCUUUAUAAUGGAAUUAAAAAGUUGGACAAAUAAGAUUUCUUCCCUUCCUCACCCUCUCAAAACACAGCUAUCUUCGUUCUCUGCUGUUGAGAAAUGUGGAUUCCUCAGCAUCUGUUGUGGGGGAAGAAUAGAUACAGUAGGUGGUAGUAAUUCAGUCCCAUGAUGGUUUGAACAGUUUACAGUAGCUACCUGGGUUUUUUAUAUAUUUAUGCCAGUUAUUUAUACAAAGUAAUUAAUGCUGUUGCCCUAUUAUGUUUAACCAAUUAAUCAAACCAUUCUCUGGGUCUUUGUGGGCCACUGCCUGCAGCUUGAGGCUGGUUUCUGAUGGAGUUCUGUCCUAUAAAGAGAUGUUUACAUGUAACUGAAACAGACUGACUGAAUGCUGAGUGUGUGUAAUAUACAGUGACUCCAAGAGUGAAGGGAAAAGUCUUCUCUGGUGCGUCAACUUAAGGGCUAUGAGAAAGUACUAGCGCUGGGUGGAGGAGUUGGCAUAUGGAAUUCAUGAACUAGUUUGACACAGCCACCUAGCAGUGAUCAAUUCCUGAUACAGGAUUAUAAACAGAACAAGCUCAUCUUCCUCAGAAGUUUUGUCUACAUCUGAAAACAGCUGCCCUAGAAGCUGGCUGUAGGCUAGAGCCUUUCUUUUUCUCCUCAACAAGAAGCCAGGACGUGAGAUAAGUUAGUAGUGUGCAUGGCUGAAUAGUAGCGGUCCCUAUAAAGCCUGGUAGUGGAGUUCACAGCUGCAGCAGAGGCUUCAAGCAUCUCCUAUGCCUGGCUGCUAUUUGUUUUGACAAGAAACUUUAGAUGUGUUAACUCACUUUUUUCCAUUUCUGUUUUAAAGAAAACCAAAAGAUUUAAUCUGUCAAAACUAGUUAUUGGAAAAGCUAUUUUUUUUAAUUACAUCUAAGCCACUAAGUGUUCAG